AUUCUGCUCCGAGGAAAACAGACGCUUACUUCCUUUUAUGUGGCACGGUGUUUUCCCGAGCAUAUAUGAUGGACUGGAUACCUUAAGAAAGGCGUGUUAUCAAGAUUUGAAAAAAAAGUAUUUAUUAAAGUGAAACCGAGAAGCUUUUCUAUCUAACUAGGAUGUUCAUGAAAAAAGCUUUUCUAUACAUUUAUGAAAGUGAAAUUGAAAGUUAAAAUUGCUAGAAUAUAUAUUUCAUAAUAUCCUCAUGUCAUUAUAGCGAAAAUGGAAUUAGAAACUAGCGUUAGGAAAGACAGACCGGAUGGUAACAAAGUCGCUGAUUACGAGGAUGAAGCAAAGAGACUUCGUAAACUGUUGAGGCUUUACUUCUAUUCAGCAUUCAAAUUUAAGGGGAACACAUGCAACUUCCAUUUUAUUUACUGUUUCGUCUUCUUGAUGCAAAUCAUAAAAGUAGCUCUACUUACAAGUCAGAUGUUCCAGUUUGGAAAUGAUCGAGGAAACUUUAGUUCAGUUGUCAACAGAGGCCAUCUUGUCCUUCGACAUCUUCUUUUAAAAAACUGGGACGCUAGUUGGGAAACGCUGCCAUAUCCUCCUGCACAAGGUGACUUUGCCGUGUAUAAUAUUGAUGAUCUCGAGAGUGGUAUUAACUAUGCUGUUAAAAACUAUUAUAACGCAGAAAGAGAAGCCAUUGGGUACUAUGUUCGAACAGCAGACGACGAAAUGAUAGCAACAAUGAAAUAUUUUGACUUUCCCGGUUUUCAUGAUGCGAGUAUUGGAGAAGGGAUAACCAUAUCUGACAUAACGUUUCCUAUUGACAAAGGACUGACCGUAGAUUUAACGCAUGAAAAUGAGACGGUGUACAGUUAUAAUAUCACCCGUGAAUUUGAUCAUCACAAUCUGUCACAACCAAUAAAAAGGAUGUUGUCAACAACACUUCACUUUAAGCUCCAUUCUGUACGUUCACAUGAAAGCAGUAGGAAGGCAACUUGUCUACGAGUAGAGGGUUGGGUGGAAUUUGUUGAUCUGGACAAUAAUGGGCAAGUGUCGGUUGACCUUGACACACGAUCUAGUAGAAUAAAGUGCAAAGACAUGAAUCUGUCUUUAUCAGACUGGCAGUUAGAAAACACUUCAGAACUGAUCGGGGCCUCUGUGAUUGCUCUAUGUCUUAUAUCAUUAUUACUGACUAUUGCUACCAUGAUCUUUGCGGCUUACACUUUCUGGGUAUGUCAGUGUUUACUAGCAAUAUCAUUUGCUUUACUAGUGUGUUCUGUAGCAUUACCUUGCUGUAUUAUUGAAUGUAUGUCAAGUGUAAUUACAAUAUUUGAUUAUAAGUAUUUAGUAAGAGACUGUACAUGUAUAUGUUAUGUUAUUAACAGUUGCUAAUCUUAAAUAUAUUUU